UCCUAACCCUGUCAAGCUCUCUUUCUAUACUCCAUAUCACACCUUUUAUCCCACUUCUUUUAAUGAGGGAAAAGACAUUCUUUCCGAAAUGGCUCGUAACGCUUCUCCUGAAGGCGACGAUGUCUUCGAGGGAUUAUUAAAGUCCGAGACUGCGUCGAUACAGCAGAAAGCAGAAGUAGCAGAACGAGCCCGCGCACAAGACGCACACAACACACAAAGGACAAUUGAAUUGCUGUCGCAAAAUCAAACGCUCCCAAUCUCUAUCUCUUCUAUUCAAAUCCAUGGCGCCAAGCAUACUCGCAAAUCAUUCCUCGAGCCCUUAUUCCAACCGCUAGUAGAAGACAGUCGCAAUGCCAACUAUACACUUGCGAGCAUGAUGGAGCAAGUUGGCGGCACCAUCGAUAAGCUACACAAAUUCGACAUUUUUCACCCCAACAUAAUCUUCUACUUAUCCCGCCCGUCGCAUCUCGACCCAUCUUCUUCUCCAACCGACCUUGACGUCUCCCUACGUGUACGCGAAAAGUCUCGCCUCCUUCUCAAGACGGGCACGGAUUUGGGCAACACAGAAGGUUCCGCUUAUGGGUCUAUGCUUUGGCGCAACGUAUUUGGAGGUGCCGAAUCUCUAUCGCUUAAUGCUUCGGCGGGUACACGGACGCGUUCGGCAUACAGCGCCGAAUUCGGUGCUCCGGUCAAAAGCAAUCCCAACUUACGCCUGAGCGUCGACGGUCUAGCAAGCAGUACCCAGAAGCCUUGGGCGAGCCACGAGGAAGUUCUGAGAGGUGGGGGUGUCAAGCUAAAUUGGCUAAAAGACAACGGAGAUCGGCAUCAGUUUGGCUAUCUAGGUGCCUGGAGACAAUUAACUGGUCUCUCAGUUGAGGCGAGCCCCAGUGUCCGGGGCGACGCUGGGGACUCUGCCAAGAGUGCGAUAUCCUACUUGUUCCAGCGGGAACGAAGAGACAACCCCAUGAUGCCGCAAAAUGGAUACUUGAUCAAGACAACUACCGAGCUCGCAGGGUGGGGUUCUCUAGGCGGAGAUGUUGGCUUCUCCAGGAGCGAGCUUGAAGUCGCCGGAGCUAUGCCGGUCCAUUUACCCGGCGCCAAAGAACCAUCGGGCAUAUCCAUCGGCGGCGGCUUCAGGGCAGGUUUGCUUUACCCCCUCCCGCUAUCGUACGGCCUCGGCGGUGCAUCGCCUAGCAGAAUCAACGACCGAUUUACCCUUGGAGGGCCGACGGACGUGAGAGGCUUCUCGCUAGGUGGCCUUGGCCCCAGGGACGGUGGCGAUGCCCUCGGCGGCGACGUUUUCGCCGCAGGGAGUGUCAAUAUACUUGUUCCUCUCCCCAGGAUAGGGCCGGAGUCCCCCUUCCGAUUGCAGCUCUUCGCCAACGGCGGCCGGCUAGUAGCGAUGAAAAACAAGGCGAGAGGUAGUAAUGCUGCAUCUGGUCAACGUCUGAGCGCCGGCACGGUAUGGGAUAGCAUGGUUUCGGCAACAAAGGAUCUCGGCACGGGACUCCCCAGCAUCGCUGCUGGCGUAGGACUCGUAUACGCUCACCCCGUUGCCAGAUUCGAGCUGAACUUCAGCUUACCACUAGUUAUGAGGCGAGGAGAGGAGGCCCGUAAAGGCUUGCAGGUUGGUGUAGGAAUCAAUUUCUUAUAGUGCUGCGGCAUCCUCUAGGGCUACACUUAACAGCAGAAAUGAGGCAAGCCGCCUUGUAAAUAUGUAUCCUGUCCACCUCCCUAUGUAAAUACCCGCUCACAAUAUCUAAAAAAGAAAAGAAAGAAAAAGAAAGAAAAAAAGGUAUGCCUGAUGAUAGAAUCCCGUGUCUUAAGUCUACCUAUCCUCAAUUCUGCUUUUU